CUCUACCCCUCUGACUCAAAAAUAAAUUAUAACACGUUCACCUCGAAUAUUUACCAACAUAGACAGACGGGAUAAAACCACAAUUAGACAGAAACCAACCUUUCAUUUGUUUGCCUAUAAUUCCCACUUCCCUACGAAAUCUCAAUCGCAAAUAUGACUCCCGAGGAGUCAAUCGCCUUAAUCAAGGCCAACCUAACCGAAGUCCUCAACCCCGAGAUUAUCGACGAUGUAAUCCUCAAAGAAAAGCGAGACCUCAAAGUCUACUGGGGAACCGCGACAACAGGACGACCGCACUGCGGAUACUUCGUAGCAAUGGUCAAGAUAGCCGAACUCCUAGCCGCGGGCGCACACGUCAAGAUCCUCCUCGCGGACCUACACGCUUACCUCGAUAACAUGAAAGCCCCCCUAGAACUUAUCGAGCAACGGCUCAAGUACUACGAAUUCAUCGUCAAGAGCUUGUUGAAAGCGGUCGGUGUGGAUAUCACGAAACUUGAGUUCUUUAAGGGGAGCUCGUACCAGAAGAGCGAGAGCUACACUAUGGAUCGGUUUAAGCUCGAGGGCAUGACACGGAUUUCGGUUGCGCAGAAGGCGGGCGCCGAGGUCGUGAAGCAGACUAGUGAUCCGUUUUUGGGCGGACUGACGUAUCCCCUUAUGCAGGCGCUUGAUGAGGAGUACCUUGAUGUCGACGCGCAGCUUGGUGGCCUGGAUCAGCGUAAGAUUUUCACGUUUGCGUUGGAGAAUUUGCCGAAGAUUGGGUAUAAGGUCCGCGCGCACUUGAUGCAUUCUAUGGUGCCGGGUCUAGGGGAGGCGCAGAAGAUGAGCUCGAGUGAACCGGAUUCUAAGAUUGAUUUAUUGGAUUCGCCGGAUGUGGUGGCUAAGAAGCUGAAGAAGGCCGUGUGCGUGCCUAAGAAGGUAGAGGGUAAUGGUGUGGUGGCUUUUGUGGAACAUGUUAUCUUCAGAGUGGUAUCUUUGAAGACUGGGGGAAAGCCACAUUUUACAGUUGAGAGAAGAGAAGGAGAACCGCUGGUCUACGAUGAUAUUGAGAAAUUGAAGGCAGACUACGAAGCGGACGUACUCACACCACAACUCCUAAAGGCUGCCUUGACGAAGGCGCUAAACGAACUACUAGACCCCAUCCGCAACGAGUUUGCAACGUCAGAGGAAUGGCAGAAGAUAGCAGCACUAGCUUACCCGCCAGAAGAAAAGGAGAAGAAGGUAAAGAAGCAGAAGGACAAGGGUGACCCGGCUAAGAAGGCAGCUGCACUUGCUGCAAAGGCAGAACAGUUGAAGUUGGAGGGUGAUGGAAACUAAAAGGGGCAAGGUUUGGGAAGUUGAAAUGAUGAUACCUCCUGGCAGCACUGGAGGUUUAGCUGCUGCUGGCAUGAGACGGCGUUGUGCAUAUUUCUAGAGCCUGUGGACAAAAAUACCAUGACUUCUUGCGCACCUUCUAUUAAUUAAUCCUGUGUGAAUUUCGUAGCUGUUUUUCGCGGUAAAAAAAAAAAAUAGAAGUAAAUACGAAAAUAAAUAAUUU